AAGAACCUAUUGAUUAUGUCAACAUCAAUGAUGCAGAAGCUAAUAUAGAGGAACCUGAUUAUGUUAAUACCAAUUAUACAGAAGUCAAUAUAGAGGAAAAUAACUUAUUUAAAGGAAAGAAAUUUUUAAACUGGACUGUUUAUGGUGAUAUUGUUCGAAGAAGAACUUAUAUUUGUAAACACAGAAAAAAGUAUGAAGCAAACACUAAGCAACAAACACAUACUAAAAAAAUUUCAUGUUCUUGGCAUUUAAAUGCAUCGAGUCCAAGUAGUAAUAAUGAUAAAAUUUUUAAUCAAGAUAUAUUAGAUGAUAUUAAAUUCAUGACUGAACACUGUAACAUGGAUGCUACGGCUCAAAAGAAAUUUUUAGAAGGGAAGUAUCCCUUACAACCAAUUUAUAGCAAAGACUUGUAUGCUGCAAUUCGUAAAUUUAGACCUACCAAAGCUCUGUUAAAUGAUGCAGCAACAAUAUCUAAUUGGAUUGACGAACAAAAAAAAAAAGAUUCUAGAUGGAUGGUUGCUAGAGACUGGGAUGAUGAUAAUACGUUAACGCGCUUAUUUUGGAUGACUCCAAGAUUGUUAAUUGAUGAAACCCACGAAUCACAUGUUUGGCUAUUUAAUGAAAUUGUUAAAGCUACUGGUAUGGAACCUGCAGUUAUACAAACCAAUUCUGACCCUGCUGCUGACUCAGCUGUAAAAGAAGUAUUUAAAUCAAUGUAUCCGAUUCAUUGUGCUUUUCACAUAACUCAGAAUCUUCACAAAAAUCUUCAAAAAUCUCUAGAUAUACAGUAUAAUCAAUUUCUUACAGAUUUCUAUAAAUGUCAAAAUAGUUUAGUAAAAGCCACAUUUGAAAACAAAUUUACAAAAUUAGUUCAUGAUUAUCCAAGAGCUAAACCUUAUUUAGACAAUUUAUAUAAAUCAAAAGAGUACUGGGCACAUUCAUAUACAAGCUUUAAAUUUACUGAAGGAAUGAUUGCAACAUCAAGAGUAGAAGCUACAAACGCAUGUUUGAAAAAAUUUUUAUGUAAUUCUAAUGUGUCACUUAAUAAAUUAAUGCAAGAAAUAUAUCACAUGCUUGAUCGUCAAGAUAAAGAAUCUGAAUAUCAAUUUUGGAAGCUCGCAAUUCCUUUUAUCAAAAACAAAUGUUGUCAAACAUAUCUUACUCCAAACAUGUUAAAAAUGCAAAAAGAUGAAAUUAACAAAUCGGUUUAUUACUCAGCACAACAAAUUAGUAUAGAGAGUCUAAAAAGUAUAAAUGAGGACAAUACUAUGAUUAAUAUUAAAGAAGACAAUCCUGAAGACCAGUAUGCAACUAUCCAACAAAUGUUAGAAGUAGUUGAUGAAAAAAAUAUAGUUCAAGCAUGGUUAAUUCAAGUAAUGCUAAACACUAAUGCAGCGAAGUUUCAUAUUCGUCUCAUUCCAUCCAGAUGGUACUAUAAAAAUAUGAAUGCCUCACAAGAAACAUUUAUUACGGCUGACAAAUAUAAAAGUGAAGAAGCACCUGAUUAUGCUGUUCCAUAUCUUUCACCUUUUUAUAACCAAGAAAAAGAUUUUUUACAAGAAAAUCUCAGUCUUCUUAAACAAAAAUUAACCUAUAGAACAUUACAUGGUAUUUACAAGAAGGCAAUAAGUAAAGCGUUAUGGUCAAAAUCUGAGUCAGAUUGCCUCUUAAAGUUGUUGGAAGAUUUUGUUCAGGAGUGUGACCAAUUAAAAGAUAGUUCUAGUGAUGAUAAUCACUCAGAUGAAUCUAUAAGUAAGGAAGAAUUUCAACUAAAAAAUCCCAAACGACGACAAGGCAGAGGACGACCUCCAGGUACCAAAAGAAUUAAAGCGUCACAUGAAACAUCUCAAUCUGGUACUACCAAACAAAAAAGAUCUUGUAAAAAAUGCGGCGGUAUUGGACAUUAUCAAAAAAAUUGUACCGUUG